GGACGUUUCCUUAUUGGGCUGUAAGCCUAGCUAGCAGAUGUACUUAAAGGGGAUUUCUUUAUUAUUAAGUGUACGUUACGUUUUCUAACGCUAAGCAGGUUUGUCUAAUGUGAUCAUCCUAAACUUUCGGCAAGUGUUACAUUCUUGACCACAGGAUUUAGCUAGUGAAUGAAAUUGGACACAUUGCUACGAGGGCUAGUUAGCCCUUUAUCUUAGUUAAGCGAUCUGAUUAUUGCUAGCUAGAUAGCUCGCUAGCUGGACUGUCUAGCUAGGAAAAGCUAGGAGCUACUAGCUAGCCUACUUUGUUAAACAGCAGAAUGGGUAGUUAGAAGCUGUAUUGUAUAAUUUAAACGUGUACAGUUAGCUAGAAUUAGGGUUAGCCUGUUAGUAGCUAAUUAGCUAGCUAUGUUGUGUGGUCAAAACGUUUGUAAAUAAAAGUAGUCAGGCUAGCACAUUUAUCCUGUACAUACGGUUUAAACAAAAAUACGAGGCAGACACCUAUAAAAAUGGACAAGCACGUGAUCCUCUUGCAGAGAAAGCCAGAUACUAAUCCAGAAAUAUGUCCUGAUGAGUGUAAUUGGAAGGACAAGAAUGGUGGGUGUCGAUAUAAAGGUUCAUUCCCAAAUUCUGUAAAGGAGAAAGAGGCUUUGUGUUGGAUAGGCUCCAACCCUGGCCUUACAUGGCUUGUGAGACAAAAAGAUGAAGGUGAUGGCAGGGACUAUGCAAAUGAAGAUGAUUUUGUGCCAUGCCAGAAUCUCACCUCCUGCUCUUCCCUGCACUUCCAACAACUCAAGAAAACCUUACUAAGUCUCAAUUCUCAGUGCCAUGUACUAUGUGGGCCAGGAGGCUGCCUGAUAGGGUGCAUUACAGGGCUCUCCACUUCAACAGAAACAGACUUUUUCCACCAGCCUCAGGCAGCAGCCUUUAGCCAGCACUAUGGACAGCUCCAGAACCUUUAUGAACAACGGACUCAGCUUCUUUUUCUCCAUGAGUUCAGCUGCAGGUGCCGAAUGGCUAACUGCUUUGUCAAAGGACUGGGCAACAUGUUGGAGAAAGUCCGUCUCUUACUGGUGGACAGAAGUCAAGCAUCAGAACGGACCAACUUUGCCUGGAACCUAGGUCUUGGAGCUAUUUGUGAAGAACUACAGCUCCAUGUUAGUCACUGGGACUUGCUGUGGGCUAACAUGCACUCUAAUCCUUCCUUGCGAUCUGUUCUUUUCAGUCACACACAAGUACUGAGCUCCAUGCAGAGAGCCCUCUGGUUGCUGGGCCUGCAGGCUUUGCUGCUGAUAGAGGAUUGCAUCCACACAGCCGUGCUGGCUCUGGCUGUUGGCCAGUUGGAAAAGGGAUCCAGAGGUGCCUUUGAGGACUUGUUGUGUGCCAUGGAAUUAUAUAACCAUACUGUGGCAUACUGGAGGUCUCAGCAUAAAGAUGUGAACUGGACCUCUCAGGUUUUAUUCUACUGUGAUUGUUCCUGGAUUGAGCCAAGCUUGUCCAGACCAGCCCCAUUUCCGGUAUCACGGCUGAUGAGGAUUUUGGCUGACCAGCGAGCACAGAUUGCAGCUGAACAAUUUUACAAUUGGACAUGUCAACAGAUUAACUUACUUUCUCUUGCAGGGCAGCCUAGCAAACAAUGGGGAUGCAUGGAAUACCUUGAGUCCCCGGUUCAAUCUUUAGUGUUUACUCCAGACCAAGCGAUAGCCAAGGGUUUACUUGAGGCUGUUCCUGACAAGCCCUGCAAGAAGCCAAUCCAUGUUUUGUGGUCUUCCAUUUUGCCAUUUCCCACAUUUGUUCAUGGUGACAGAGAAUAUCUAGAUAUUCUCUUUCAAGUCUUAGAAUCCUCCACAGACCUCUUAGCACCACAUGUUCCCAAAAGUCAUCCAAUAGGCAGGACUGACAUUAUAGGAUAUGCUAUGGAGAACCAAGAAACCAGUGUAGACGAGGAAAGACAUUCGAAAACACCCAGAAUGGCCUCCAGUAGACAGAAGGCUAUGCACUUCUUGGACCUGAGCAAGUCUGACAUGUGUAUGGAGCUUUUCUCUCAAUACAAGGACAUUUUGUGGAGGGAAUUUGGCAAAACAGUUGUUGGGCAUUUUUAUUACCAGUCCCACAACUCUGUUUUGGGUGGUGUGAACCAGUGGAAUUAUCACAUGAUGUUCCUCUUGGUCAAAUGGCUGAAGCAUACUUGUAAAGAAAAACUCAUUCCAGAAGAAUGUACGGAGGUCUUGAAUAAAUUCUGUUCCCAUAUUUUAUCUACUGCAGCUUUCAUGCACUGGGAUGAAAUGAUGUGUGCAUCACUGGGUUUGGGACUAACAGACAAGUGCUUACCCAUUGUCAGCCUGACGAGCUCCAGUACAACAACUGCUACUAUAGAUCUUGUGCUCUGUCAUUUUGCUCCUCUCUUCUAUGUGCUCAAGAUGCUGCAAAUUCCAGACCCAAACUCAGGUGAGAAGGGAAGAAGGAGCCUUAAUUUUUACCACUUUGGAUUGCAAUGCAGGGCCAUAGCCACUGUCCAGUCUUCUAUGUUGUGGGUUAUGAGUAAAGCUUACCAGUUUCUGGCCUCAUGGUCUGUUGCCAAGUUCCUGCUGAUCACACAAGGAGACCUAAAGGUUUUCAGGCGAACUGCGCAAAGUCUGGCACAGCAGCUAGAAUCUUUGGGUGAAUGUGCUGGACAUCCUCUCAUCAUGCAACAUGGACACCAGCUGGCAUGGGGAGUCCUACAAUUACAAGUUUUUUCUGACCUUGCCCUGAGGAUCUUUUCGAUAGAUCUCAAGAAAAUGUCAUUGGAGGUUUUUGAGCAAACAAUGCCAUCAGCAAAACACUGGAGAGUUAAAUACAAAAAAGAGUUGCCUAGCAGCCCAAGUGAUUAUGCAGUUUCUGCAACUCAAAGUGUGAUUGGUCAUGUGGUUGAAGGAGUGCGGCCUCUGCUAGAUGAGGAUCGCAUUCCAGCCCUGAUGGAAGCCAUGACAUCUUUCAUGGAGGCCUGGAUGGAACACAUCCUCAAACAGAAAAUUAAAUUCAGUAUUCAGGGAGCUCUACAGUUGAAGCAGGACUUUGACGUGAUCCGAGACUUGAUCCGUUUGGAGUACAGCCUCACGGAGGAGCUGCCCCAUAGGCUCCUCUCUCUGCAUGUCUUUCACCAAGUGGACAGUGCCAUAGUCUGCCUACUUCAGCAACCUGUGGCCAAACCAUACAUGCCCUUGAGAAGAUGGCCCCUCUUCAGGAGCUGCUGUCAAAACAGAGCUGAGGUGGUGGACCAGGCAGCUGGUAGCCUCAAUAACUUGGAGACAAUGGACAUACAAGCAGCAUGCCACCAGGUUGAAGGCUCUGUAACCCCAAAACUAGUUUCCACAGCUCCACCUGAGUCCUACUUAGCAGUGGCCCAGCAGGAGUGGCUGGAUUUGCGUAUCCACAAUGGCUGUCGCUGGAAGAUCCCUGGUCUUUAGUGCUUCACUAUGUCUGAGCCCUGAAACACCUACACAGACUGUUGGAUUUUGGAAAGUAAUAUAGAACUGUUGACUUCCACAGUUUUUCAUUUCCACUGAAAUCUAAAUGCUUGUAAAACCACAUUUGUGAACAUUUCCUUUCUAUAUUGUAUGACAUUAUGAGCAAUGGAAUGUUAUAAUAUCAUUUCAGAUAACUGAAGUGUUGUCAGAAUAUUUGUAUUAUUCCCAUGGCCCAACUAUUUCUAUUUGUUUCAUAGUUGUCACCCACAGUUCUUUAAAGUUAUGUGGAAUACUGUGGAGGUUUGUAAAAAACUUUUUAUAGUUUUAUUUUUAAAGGUUAAAUAUUUUAAAGGUUAAAUAAGCAUUUGGUGCUGACCUCCUAGAGCAUUUAUUAGAAAGCACUACACAGUAAAAUUUGAGUUUAACAAUGUAUACACUAGUGGCUUUUAUAAAUGAGCAAGCUGUAGAUUCACAUAGUCUACCAAGCAAGUGUAUUUUGACAUAUUUCACAUAGUGAAAUGUACCCUUGAUUAGAUAUCAAUGUGGGCUAUUUUUAGCCCAUGAUGUCUGGCUCCACUUUCCCACCAUCUGCAUUCAGUACUUUAUGAAGCAUAAAGACAACACACUGACUAUAAAACUGUAGAAGUUACUUGGAGGACCAUAGCAAUGGUUCCUAGUCUGUUUGGUUUUUUUUCCCCCAAUACAGCAUGUAGCCGAACAUUA